GGCUGUAUUCGCCGGGACCCAACGCCUAUUUUUUAUGAAAACUUCCGUUUAGUUUUUUAACAAACUUAAACAGACUUUACAACAGUGACUCUUAGCAGUUAUGGCUAUCUUACAUGUUUUCGAUGUUGUCUAAAAUGUCGUUAUUUAGUGUCCAAGCGAGGAAACACACCGCUUACUAUGACCAUCUACUGUCAACAUCAACUUCUAAGACGCCUGUAAGAGAACGACUUAUGGACCAAAAAGCAUUAGACUCAGCCUCCAGCCGCAAAAGUGAUAGAACAUCUGGAGAGUCAAUGCAUGAAGACAGCAGAUCGUCGGAUAAAAGCAGACAAGUUAAUAGGACAUAUGUCAUUUCUGCGUUGUCAAAAAGUGGCAGUGGGCAACAGACUCCUUACCGGGGUCGACUCACCCUGCAGAGGAGGUCUAGGAGGAAGACCGGUGCUGAAAAGUUAGAAGACAAAACGACGCUGGUUGAUAGCAAUCAGAGCACCACGCCAGCUGCACCGAAGAGACUGACCCUGCAACGCAGAAGUAAGACUCCCUCCGUGGAUAAAAGCAUGCACAGGCAGCGUGGGGUCACAGGUAUUGAACCACACUCAACCCCUAAAGUCCUCAUUGAAUCUAACGGUAGGACACCCGUUUUAUUCCGCUCGAUAAGCCUGAAGGAAACUGCAUCUAAAAGCAAAUGUGCAGAGAGUGCUGCUCAAGAGCAAACCCAGGGGAAGUGGGUUCACAGCAAGGCUAAACAACUAGAGGAUCAGGCCCAAACUUUUAAAACACCGACCAGAAAGACCCCAUUUGAGAAAAUCGCCGCCAGAAGAGAUGUGUUCGAAAAGCUGGCAGCAAAAGAAGCUUCUAAACCAGUAGUGGCGAAAUCUGCAAGUCUGGAGAGGUCCAAAUCUCGAGUACAACAAUUAGAGAACUCCAAACCUGCCCCAGCUCCUCGGGUGAGCAGGGCCUUCACAGGUGUGGAUAAAGCCACCCCUGUCACUCGUGUAAGAACCAGGGGGCCAUCCACUUCAAUCCAAAAGGCAGACAAAGCUCCUGUUAAGACCUCCACCCCUGCUCCAGCUCCAGCCCUCUCUGAGCAGACCCUGUCCCGUCCCAGUGAGGUUGUAAAAGAGCAGAGUUCUCUGAAGAUGGAAAAUAGUGCAGUGACUGUUGCAGUCCGUGUGCGUCCUUUCAGUGCCAGGGAAAAAGCAGAGAAGGCAUCUCAGGUCAUUUUCAUGAAUGGCCAAGAGACUGUCGUCCAGCAUCCAGACUCAAAACAGAGCUACUCCUUCACCUAUGACUUCUCCUUCUUCUCAGUGGAUGACAGUGACUCGUUUUUUGCCAGCCAGCAGACAGUGUAUGAGACACUGGCCAGACCACUGCUUCUGAGGGCCUUCGAAGGAUUCAGCACCUGCCUUUUUGCAUAUGGUCAAACAGGCAGUGGGAAGUCAUACACGAUGAUGGGAUUUGGAGAAGAAGCCGGCGUAAUCCCACGAUUCUGCCAGGAGCUUUUUUCUGAACUGGCUUCUAUGGAAAAUGAUGAGGUUAAAUGUCACGUGGAGAUGAGCUAUUUUGAAGUUUACAAUGAGAAGAUUCAUGAUCUGUUAGUUACCCGAGAUGAUCCUAACCAAAGGAGGAUGCCACUGAGAGUAAGGGAACAUCCAGUGCAUGGGCCCUACGUUGCUGAACUCUCUGCUAAUGUGGUGAGCUCUUACCAGGACAUUCAGGGUUGGCUGGAGCUCGGCAACAAACAAAGAGCCACAGCAGCCACUGGAAUGAAUGACAAGAGCUCCAGAUCUCACUCUGUUUUCACCCUGGUUAUGACCCAGACCAAGACUGAGUUUGUGGAAGGAGAGGAACACGACCACAACAUCACCAGCAGGAUCAACCUGGUGGACCUGGCAGGCAGUGAACGCUGUAACUCGGCCCAGACCAGUGGAGACAGACUGAGGGAAGGGGCAAGCAUAAACAAAUCCUUGUUAACACUGGGGAAGGUCAUCUCCGCCUUGUCAGAACAGGCUCUGAGCAGAAAGAAGGUCUUCAUUCCUUACAGAGAGUCGGUCCUCACAUGGCUAUUAAAAGAAAGUCUUGGUGGCAACUCCAAGACAGCCAUGAUUGCCACAUUGAGUCCAGCAGGCAGUAACGUAGAGGAAAGCCUGAGCACCCUACGCUACGCCCAGCAGGCCCGUACAAUAAUUAAUGUGGCUAAAGUCAACGAGGACACUAAUGCCAAGCUCAUCAGAGAGCUGAAGGCAGAGGUGGAGAAGCUGCGAGCGGCCCAAAUGAGUUCUCAGGGCAUUGAACCUGAGAGGGUGAGACUGUUUCAGCAGGAGAUUGUCGCCCUGAGGAACAGAAUCUGUCAGCAAGAGAGAGAAAUGGCUGAGGCCAACAAGGCUUGGAGAGAAAAACUGGAGCGAGCAGAAAUUCGCAAACGUGAAGAGACUAAAGAGUUGCAGAAAGCUGGUGUGACAUUUAAAGUGGACAACCGUCUUCCUAACCUGGUGAACUUGAAUGAGGAUCCUCAGCUGUCUGAGAUGUUACUAUACAUGAUCAAAGAAGGGCGAACAACUGUGGGUAAACUGAAAUCUGAUUGUAUCCAUGACAUUCAGCUGACAGGAGCGCUUAUUGCUGACCAACACUGUGUUAUAACCAACAUGCAAGGUACUGUCAGCAUCACUCCGAUGAAAAAUGCCAAGACCUUUGUCAAUGGUAACCUCAUCUCUGAAUCCAUGGUCCUUCACCAUGGCGACAGAGUGAUUCUGGGUGGAGACCACUACUUCCGCUUCAACCAUCCAGCCGAGGUCCAGUCAGGGAAGCGAGUGUCAUGCUGGACAGGUGCAGGCGAAGGACAAAAAGACUUUGAAUUUGCCAAAAAUGAAUUGCUUGCAGCUCAAAGAGCACAGCUGGAGGCAGAGAUUGAGGAGGCCCAUGUAAAGGCGAAGGAGGAGAUGAUGCAGGGAAUCCAGAUGGCCAAGGAGGUAGCCCAGAAGGAACUAUCUGACCAGAAGGCGCGUUAUGAGAGCAGGAUUCGAACCCUGGAGCAAGAGCUGAAUGAGGAGAAUGAACGGAAGCACCAACAGGAGUUGGACCAGCAGAGAGUGGCUAACCAGAAGGCAGAGCUGAAGAUGGCCAAGUUGGAGCUGGAACAGGAGGUGGACACUCAGAGGAAACGCCUUCGGCUGCACAUGGAGGCCCAGGCAAUGGAGGAUCAUCGCGUGUCUCAGGCAAAGAUUGUUGAGGCAUUGGAGGCAGAAAAGAGAAAGAUCAGUAAAGAGCUAGAAGAGAUGCAAAAGAAAAGAGCUUUAAGGGAAAAAGAAAAUUCCAGAAAUGCCUCUCCAAAGUGGGAUGCUAUGAAGCUGUCCUUGAUGAUUGAAGAAGCCAAUAAAAUCAGUGCUAAAUUGAAGAAAAACACAGUCUUCAGCAGACAUGAAAGCUCUGAAAACAAGAACCUGGACCAAAGUGGUGUACAGCAAGUACGGGUUCAAAACACGAAACUUGGAAUCUCCACAUUCUGGACUUUGGAAAAGUUUCAAAACAACAUGGCUGCCAUGAGAGAACUCGAACAGGGGGAUUCCACCUCUAAAGAUGACGAUGUGUUUUAUGACCCUGAUGAUGAGUGGGAGCAAGAUAUAUCGGCCUCCUCUGCUUCCACCUCCUCCUUCUCACGCCGAAGGAGCAGAAGCCUGUUGAAAAGCAGGAGGAUCUCAGGCCGCCUCUAUGAGAUCAGGGUCCAUCCAAUUCAAAGCCUGCAUAAUGGCUCCUCACAAUCUGCUGGGUUGAUGGGCGUGCCCAAACCCCCCUCUACCCACUCCAUCUCCUCAGACUCAGCCGUGCCUGGCAUUUGCAAGGAGCUGAUUGGCCAGUCAGUUGCCCAUCUGCGUGGUUGUAAUGGCUCAGAUGAGAGUUUGGCGGACAGGUUGGCCUCUCAUCUGCACCUGGUAUACACUGCAGUCCAGACCAUUUCUGACUUGUAUGAUGGCUUGGAUGAUGACAACCAGGAGAAUGUGUUUACGUGCAACUUGGUGGCCCAGACGCAACUAAUCAAGGCCACUGUUGCAAUAGAGAGUGCUGUGUUUGUUACCAUGCAGUGGUUGGCCAGCGUUAGACCCUCCUCCGGCCUACUCUACACCACUGCAGAGGAACUUAAAAGUCAAGUAAAGAAGAUGGGAGGAUUCUUUCAAUUGCUUAUUCAGGGUUGUGAAUCUGAGAUCACAUCGAUGGUGACGGAGGCACGGAGAAAGAGUAGUAAGUGCCUGAAUGAGGCACUGCUUGCUCUUUGCCACCUGGCGGCAGUGACUGGCAUGCCGCUGAAUGUUAUGGAGUUAGGCGCCCAGGCCACAGGCAAGCCAUCAGUUGUCACGGCUCUGUUGAAGGGGACAUAUAAGGGGGUUUGUUCUCUCUUAGAGGAGAGCCUCACCAUCACAAGGGAGAUGCUGAGAGAGGCUCAGCUGGCUUAUCCCAGGAACCCAGUCCUGCAGAGCCUCAAAUCGAAGGCACUUGACUUGUCCCGUGCUCUGCAGAGCUACAUGCAUUACCAUUUUACGGAGAGACAGACGGACCCAGAGGAGUUGGAGGAGGGGGAGACAGAGGAGGUUUCAGCUUCCCAUCUACAGAGACUGAGGACUACAGUGACCAAGCUGUUCCAGUUGAACCAGGCUAUUGGACAGUUGCAUUCCUCCCUGUCCACCGCUUUGCGAGGAAAAGAUAGAAACUUCAACCUCAGCAGCUGCAGAGACACGAUCUCUUCUACUGCCAAGACUGUUGAUGAGCUGAUUAUUGUCCUGUCCAGAGAAGGAGACCUGAUGCCGUCUGCCUCAUCCGACCCUAAGCCUUUCUUGGCUGUACAUGAGGAGCUCCACUCUGCCCUGCAGUCUUUAUCCUCCUCCUGGUACCAAGAGGAGGCAGAGGAGACCUGGACCUCUGCUGCCUCUGACAGGAGCACAGAAGAGGAAAGCUUACAGAAAAAUAGUUCUACCACUCAUACUGUUGUUAGAAAUCGAAUUGUGAGCAAGAUUGUGUACACUCUGCCCCCAGGUGUGACAUCCAGCGGCAGCGCACACUGGGUGUAGUUUGUCCUUGUACUAUAUGCUGUUGUUUGUAAUAUGCUUUGAGUGACUGUAUAUAUAAGCAUCUCAUAUGGAGAAAACUGUAACUGCUGAUAGUAACAAGUGGGUCACUGGUGUUUUUGGUACACUCCAUUAUCACUAAUAUCGCAUCAAAUGCACAAAACAUUGCUUUGUCUAUAAAAACACAGUCAACUGUCAACUACACAUUUGCAAUGUAUGUAACUUUAUCAUCAUUUCAUUUUUAUUCUGUUUUUCAGGUACUUUCUAAAGAUGGGUAAUAAGCUAAAACUCUGCUUUUAAAUUUUAGGAUGUGAAAUCAUCCAAAUUUGUUGAGUUUAAACUCAUGUAUUAUAAUUGACUGUAGCUGGAGCACAUACUUCUGCGCCUGCUGUUUUUAAUUUUGCUACCAGGAUUUACUAAAUCAUUCCAUACUGUAUGAUUUAUUGAUUGGUAAUGAAGCAGCUAAAUAUGCAGCAGGUAAGGUGUAAGAAAAAGCCCUUAUGCUUUGAUGUAAAUGUCCUUUGGAAUACCAUGAAUAUUCACUUUUCUUUGCAUAAAAGCUCAGUCUUGCGCCUUUUAUAACUAUUUGCACUAUGAAGAGACUUACAUCUUUAAUGAGUCUUAUACACGCCUAAGUUGAUGACAUGUAAGACCCUUUGUAUCACAUUUGUCAAAAUAUUUUGUACUGCAACAAAUAAAUACAACUUCA